AUGGCCGCCUUCUCCGCCGCCCGCAGCGCCGCCGACCUCAAGGAGACCUUCGCCGCCUGGAUGACGGAGCAGCACUGGGAGGACAUGAAGCAGCUCUUCGAGUCCUGGGUCCGCUCCCUCGACGCCGCCACCGGCAAGCCCAACCGCCCCGACGUCGACCUCUUCAACCACUACCUCCGCGCCAACCUCAUGUCCGGCGCCCUGCCGCACGAGAUGCUCGAUCUCGCCGACCAGAUGCGCGAGUUCGACCUCGCGCCCAACACCGCCUCCUACAACCUCGUCCUCAAGACCAUGGUCAAGGCCCGCGAGGUCGAAGGGGCCGAGAAAAUCGUCGAACGGAUGCUGCAAACAGGAAUUGUGCCAGAUGAUGAAUCCUACAAUUUGGUUGUAGAUCUGCUUCUUAGACACAACCGUGCUGACUCAGCCUUCAAAUAUUUGGAAUUGAUGCUUAAAUCAGGCUACGCGAUAUCUUCACCUGUAUUUGCUGAGUAUGUCCGAGUAUGUGUUAAAUCUGGGAGUUUGGACACAUUGGCAUCAAUCAUAGAGAAGUGCAAGGCAACAGAGAAGAACAAAGUCUUGAUUCCACAAUGGGCCUGGUGCAUUGACAUAGCAGAAGCUGCUUUUGAAGCUAACAAUAGCAAGCUAGCCAUGUUUGGUUUGGAAUUUCUUGCGAGAUGGAUUGCACAUGGCGAGGGUUCUAAACCCCCUAUUCACCGUUCAGUCGAUGAAGGUUUAGUACUCUCAGCUUUCAGUGCUGCUGGUAGAACCUGCAGCAGUGACCUCUUGAACGCUGCUUGGUCAAUAUUACGCAAGUCCUUGCGCCAGAAAAGGGCACCCACGCCAGAGACUUAUCUUGCGAAGAUUUAUGCUCAUUCAUCAAUUGGUCAACUCCAACGAGCUUUUGGGACUCUUCGUGAAUUUGAAAAUGCCUAUAGGAACUUUGAGGGUAUCGAUAAAGAGCUCUUCUCACCAUUUACUUCAUUGCAACCACUUGUUGUUGCUUGCUGCAAGGAUGGCUUCACCACAUUGGACUCGGUUUAUGUUCAGUUAGAGAAUCUGAGUUCUGCGGAUCCACCAUACAAAUCUGUUGCUGCUCUUAACUGUGUUAUACUAGGCUGUGCAAAUAUUUGGGACAUUGAGCGAGCAUACGAAACUUUUGAGGCAAUGAAAGAAAAGUUUGGACUUACGCCUGACAUACAUUCAUACAAUGCCCUGUUGCAUGCAUUCGGGAAGCUAAAGAAGACAGAGGAAGCUAGUAAUGUGUUCCAGCAUUUAGUAAGCCUUGAGGAUGUUAAGCCAAAUGCAACAACAUACUCCCUGCUUGUCGAUGCGCAUCUUGUCAACCGAGAUCCAAAAGCUGCUCUUGCUGUUCUUGACGAAAUGGUUGAUGUGGGCUUCACUCCUACAAAGGAGACUCUUAAGAAGGUCCGAAGACGCUGCUCCCGUGAAUCAGACUUUGAUAGCGACGAGAAACUGCAGUCCCUGUGCAAACGGUUGAACUUGCGGAUGGGCGGUGAGACCCGUAGGGAGUUGCUGUAUAACAUCGAAUACAGUGCCGAGUACUGA